AUGCAACUCAUAUCGCUCGUCCUUUUAGUUGGUUUUUCCUAUUAUAUGUUCAGUUUGUUGAAACGCCAAUUUGCUACAAAAAAAAUGGUCUCUCCUCAAGUCAAUCAAAAAAUCCAAGCUUUGAUCAAAGAUCACCCAAUCUUUGUCGCUUCCAAAACUUACUGCCCUUACUGCUCGGCUACCAAGAAAACUCUUAGUUCCAUCACCGGUGAUGCCUAUGUUCUUGAAUUAGACACCAUUGAUGAUGGUGCUGAAAUCCAAGACGCUUUGCAAGAACUCACUGGCCAAAGAUCUGUUCCCAACAUCUUUAUUGCUGGUGAACACAUCGGUGGAAACUCAGACUUACAGGCCUUGCACUCUAAGGACCAAUUGGUUCCUAAAAUUAAGGCUGCGUUGUAAGUGAUGUCACUUUUGUUCUAGAGUAUUGCUGAGACACCAAUAUAUGGUUUUUUGAAAUAUAUUCGAAUAUGCUCCC